AAAAUCAAUCGCUUACUUGCCUGGGCCAAGGAGCACGGCACGGUCAUCGACCCCUCAAUCAGCUUCGCCUACAGCGCUAACAAAGGCAUUUCGGCCUACCGCCUGACGGUUUCCGGUAAUAAGGAAAUCGAGCUUCCGGUAACGUUGGCCAUGACCCCGGAACAAGCCAUCGCGGAGUUUGGGGUGGAGUUCUUGGACCAAUGCUCUGCUGCCCAGCUCAACAUCAACGCCAUCGGGAAGCUCUUCUUCUUGAAGGAAAGAGCCAAAGCCGACUCUUUCUACCAUCCAUACAUUACCUCGUUGCCUUCCUUAGUGGAAAUUGGCUCGCCAUUGUCAUGGAGCACGGCUGAAAAGGCGUACCUUAAGGGCACCAACUUGGGCUCGUCGCUCUUUGAAAAGUUCCAGAGCGCCGUGAACGAGUGGCAGAGCGUGAUGGCCUUGUUACAAGGCACCGAGACCCUUUCCGCCGCCGACUCUGCUCAGCUCGCUUCCAACCUUGAAUUUGCCGAUGUGUUUGCCAAAAGCGCUGCUGGCCACGACUAUUCUGCUUACUUGAAGGAGCAAUCGGAGGACGCGAACAACUGGACCUCUUUUGCCAACUAUCUCUAUGCCUCGCUCAUCUACACCUCCAGAGCGUUCCCAUACUACUUGGUGGAUGCGAAAAAGUGCCGUCAGGGCCAGGCAAUCUUGUUGCCCAUCAUUGACUUGUUGAACCACGAAACUGGGGCCAAGGUGGAGUGGGGGUGCGCCGAUAAUGUGUUCAGCUUCACCAACUUGUCUGAGAACGGCAAUCUGGAAUUGUGCAACAAUUAUGGGUUGAAGGGCAAUGAGGAAUUAUUGUUAGGCUACGGUUUUACCUUGUCCAGCAACUCCCAAGCGAACUCUGUGGCCUUGCGGAUCAAGCUUCCAAUAGAGAGUCUCGGCGAGGUGGAGACCGUUUACGGGAUUAGGCUUCCGGAUAUGAACGAUUACACCAGUUUUGCGACCAAGCUUACCGCCCAUUCCGACUACUCCAAGUAUGCCGACGGAUUGCUCUACUUUAUCACCGAGUCAAUCAUCCCGGACAGCUUGAUCAACUUAUUUGCCUAUCUUGUGAGAAACGACUGGGAGCAGAGUGGGGAUAUCACCUUGCGGAUGAAGCUCGACGGCCUCGCAAAGUUGCGCACCGCGCUCGAGCAAAAGAUCACCGUCGCAUCGCAGCAUUUCCAGAGGUCACAAGCUUCUGACAACAGAAACAUCACUAAUGCGUUAAUCUACCGCGACUCCCAGCUCAAGGUGUACAACAAGGCCAUCAAGAUCAUCAAGCACUUGGAAAAGACAUUGCUCACCAAGUACAAGUCGCAGUUGGUGUCGCUCUCCAAGAUCUUGAAGAAGGACGUGCCGUUCGUCGAGGCGUUGGCCAGAACCAUGGGAAUGGAGGGCUUGGAAGAUGUCGAGGCAUCCCAAGCCCAGGACCAGGUCAUGAUCAUGUGGUUGGUCAGAUGCUUCAACAAAGAUCAGUAUGAAGAAGGCUACUGUCCCGAGUGGAUCCGGCGAGCGUUUAACAAAUUGGCGGGGGAAUACAAGGUGCAAAGUGAGGAUGUGGCUGAGUACCAGCCGUUGUACCAGUUCCUCUUCCCGAAGUUGGCCAACGAGGCGCCGGAAAUCUUUGGUAAGGGCAUCUGGACCGUCAAGGAAUUGAUUAUCGCCGGUAAGUUGAUGGGUACCGUCAGCUACACCAGAAGCAAUGACGAUGUUGUGUUGGUGGAGGAUGGUGUG